GCUGUGAAAUAACAUCAUUCAGCAGUGGAGAUCCGCUACCCUUUGAUUACCGGAAGUGCUAAAACGACGACGAAAGAUGGCCGAAGUAAUAGAGCUACAGAAACUGAAGCUUGCCGAGCUGAGGCAGGAGUGCGAGGCCCGAGGUCUGGACACCAAGGGAAACAAAGGAGAACUCAUCGCCCGGCUGCAGGCCUAUCUGGAAGAGCAUGAAGAAGACGUGGAUGUUGAUGAUGUUCUGGCAGAGGACACAGAGGACUUCACAAAAGUUGAGAGUGCCAACAACGUGAAAGUCAUCAAGGAUUCUGAGGAGUCUGAGAGCGAGCCACCUGAAGAGAAGAAGGUGGUGAAAAUAACGCCUCCAUCAACUGCCACUGAAAGACUACAGCAGAGAGCUCAACGAUUCAACCUACCCGCAACAGCUGAGAGCAAAAAGGCCAUACGCGCUGCAAGGUUCGGCUCAUCCGAUGAGUCCACUCCGUCCUCAGGUCCCGUCGCCAACAGUAAAGCUGCUCCUGUGAAUGUUGAUCAGCUGAAGAAGAGAGCCGAACGAUUUGGCAUGAACGUCUCAUCCGUUUCACAGAAGAUCGAGGAUGAUGAAAAGCUGAAAAAGAGGAAGGAGAGGUUUGGAGCCGCAGCAACUCCAGCUGCAGCCGGAGCUCCUGAUGUCGAGGCGAAGAAACUGAAGCGUGCCGAGAGAUUUGGAAAUGUUUGAAUGAAGUUUCAGGGUUUUUUUUUUUUUCUUCUUCUUCUUUUUUUGUUGUUGUUUUUUUUGUAAAGCGUUUUUAUGGCUGCACAACAGACGUUCCCGAAGACUUCACGUGUCACUUAUUUGUACUGACUCUGUAAAUCAAAGGUACAAUUAAACACAAAGAUGAAUAGAUGGUGUGUCCGAUCAUUUGAACAGCUUUUAGAAAAAGGUGUGAAUUAGACGAUCCCUGCUAAAGCAUCUUAUUCAUCAGUGAAUGGAGCUUUGUUUUCCAGAUCCUCUGUAGCCUCCGAAGCAUGUUUAGUUAAGUUUUUAUUUCUGUCACUUCUUUGUUGUUGUUUCCUAAACGUAGUCUUCAUCACAUCAAAGCUGCAGUCAGUCAGUCGUACGUCAAACAGCUGCUGCUUCACGGGAAAAAAACCUUCUGUUUCGUCUCCGCUGAUUAACGUCUGUGUCAUCUAAAGAAAAUAAAACUUCAAACCACCUGAAAUAACCCGAAUCAGACAGAAGAUGAAAAGCUUAGGUGAUGGUUCUGCUUCGUUUGAGUGUGUAACUUUGAAUAGACUGUUCAAUAACGAAGCAGUGAAGCAGUGGAUCGCUUGUUUUCAGGGGAGAGUCGUUAUUGUUUAAUCCGCUCUGAUCUAAACGCAGCAUCUAAAAAAGUCCUAAUCAUCAAACGUACAGUCAGGAGAAGUGAAACUUUGGGCCGUGGAAACAGAAAAUGUGUAAUAAAUCAGAAUAAGGGCCGAGUAACAACUUCUAGAUUAAACUGGAUUAAAAAUGUCUUCAAGUUUGAAGAGAGGAGUCCAUUUUGUAUUUCAGUUUUUUUGAUUUAACGAUAUUAAACGUUUGUUCUUACGAUCUCUGGUUGAAUGGUUUGAGCUUGCGUGUGUUUAAUUGUACUGUUGGUGGUCAGACGGCCUGUUCUUCUCUUUUAAGUGCAUCAUUCGAACACCGCUUCAGUUUUCAAUCCAUUUUAUAACCUUUUUGUGAUUUAAAUAAUAAAUUGUUUUCAAAUUUU